CAGAAACUGUAUAAAUGAAAGGACAGUAAGGAGAGCAGAACAAACUCCUAACAGGAGGAGACUCACUCAUGGCCUAUGAGACAGAGGAUCAUGAGACUCAAUACUGCUUUCCUGCCAUCAACUCAUCAUGCAUCAAGGGAAAACGCUCCAGUCAUGAAUACAAUAUAAUGUAUGUGUUUUUUUCAUUGCUGUCAGCAUGGACUGUGUUUGUGAACCUGCUGGUGAUCAUCUCCAUCUCUCACUUCAAGAAGCUUCACACUCCAACCAACCUGAUUAUUCUCUCUCUGGCUUUGGUUGACCUGCUUACUGGACUUAUUGUGAUGCCUGUGGAUGCCAUAAAGCUGAUUGAGACAUGCUGGUACUUUGGAGACACUUUCUGUGGACUGUUUAUGGCAAUUUUGGGGGUGCUUCUCUCAGCAUCUCUCAGUAAUUUAGUUUUAGUUGCGAUUGAUCGUUAUGUGGCUGUGUGUCACCCUUUACAGUACCCACAGAAAAUAACCAUAACUAGAACCAUAAGGACCAUCUGUCUUUGUUGGAUUUGCUCUUCAGCUUAUAUCACUGCCCUGUCAAGCAGCAAUGGUCAUUUUAACACAUCAAACAAAACAGAUGCAUGUUAUGGAGAGUGUUAUUUCAUGUUAAGUUUUACAUGGACAGUCAUUGAUCUGUUCAUGUCCUUGCUGUUUCCUUGUAUUCUGAUCAUAACUUUAUAUUUGAGGAUAUUUUAUGUUGUACAUCAGCAAGUGAAAGUUAUAAACGCUCUGAUGAAGGGUGGUAAAUGUGUAAUGGAAGGUUCAGUGAGGAGGAAAUCUGAGAGCAAAGCUGCUCUGACAUUAGGAAUCAUUGUGGCAAUUCAUAUUCUCUGUUGGUUACCUAUCUAUAUUUUUUUUCUCACACGGAAUACAGUAAUGUCCUCUGUAAUUAUGAAUUGGUGGGUCUACUAUAUUAACUCAGGCCUGAAUCCUCUUAUCUAUGCUUUAUUUUACCCUUGGUUUAGAAGGUCAUUUAAACACAUCCUAUCACUUAAGAUAUUUCAAUCAGCAUCCUCUUUGGUGGAUAUUUUUACAAAUUAUCAUUCAUGAGUGCUGUAUUACACAAUGUAUUUGUGUUUCAGCUUUCAAAAUGGUAAAGCUCACUUUCAAGCUGCAUAUAAUGCAUCAUAAGCAAUAUUACACACAUUACAUUUUAUGUUGUGGUAAAAACUGUAAAUAAAUUGUGGUUAAUUUUUAACAAUGUGUACGGACACUUUGUUGUCUCUCUUUAAACAGCUGUGCUGAUGUGCUUGGCACAGAGAAAAAAAAGAAUGGUAACAACUGAGCUGCAUUUUUUCCUAAGGUGUACUCAAAAUAUGCAGUUUUAUAUUUCAGCCUCGAGAAAAAAAGAAUUCAAAAUGAUCAAAGCAGCAAACCUAUGCAACUGAUGAAAGGACAGCAUAAUAAACCUAAACCAAGGCCCUCCAGACAAGUCAUAUUCAAUAAAAUAAUAAGAAUAAUACAAACUUUUAUCCAAUAAAAUAAACCAUCACACAGUUAUUUGAAUCAGAGAUUCAUUUGUGAAUCAUUCUUAUGAGUCAGAUCAGUAAAUCAGUUGAUUUAACGACAAACCUUGGUACUGACCAUAAAUUAGAAACAUUUGUGACUGGAGGAUUACUACAAAAAAGGGGGAUUUUUUUCAAAAUGUUUUGAAAAUUUGUAUAAUUAUUUAAAAUGUAUUUUAAAAUCACACAAAAAUUGGAGUAAGAUUUACUUGAAAAUGCUAGGAUACAAUUUUCACUCAAAAAUUGCUAGUAAAUUGAACAGAUCAUGUUUUUGAGUAAAGGGUAAACACAAUUCUUGUUGGCUUGAAUUAGAGAUUUAUAUGUGUAUUUUUAAUAACAAUUAUGAGUUUAAUAAAAUUGUCUGAAUAUUACAUUAUUCAUGAGUUGUCAUAGAAACUAAUGAACACAGACAAAGGAAACUGAUCUACAAAACAGUGAAAACCAAAGUCAAACUCAAGCAACCCCAAACACACAAAAAAAGACACAAUCCUGACAAUCCCGUUCUCUUUUACACUGCAAAAAAAGAAUAGAAAAAAAGAGCAACGUUAGAUAGGGUAACAUUGCCAUUGUCACACAGCCUGUUUUAUUAAGAUAGGAGCUAUAAAACCUAUUAAACUGUUAUAACCUGCACUAGUGUGCUCAUCCGACAAACCAUAUGA